AAUGGAGCAUGCGCAGUGCUGGAACGGGCUGUCCCCGGAGAGCUUCGCUUCGCACGUCACUACGAGUGUGAUUACCCUCAGGGUCCGCGGAGGAAAUGCAUUGGAGAUUUGGUAAACGCAUUCAGAACAGAUUUGGAUGCACGGUGGGAGCUUACUGGCGCGACGUUUGAACCGGUGACAGGCUGCUCGGCGGAUCAGCGACAUCCAUCUUGACUGGAGGGCGCAGGGGGUGACAGUGCGCAUGCCCGAUCUUGCUGGCGCCAGCCAACCAAUCAGGGAGCUCCCUGCUCAGGCCGGCCCCCACGGCGUGACAUCAGGCGUCAGCCCUUGCCGCGUUCUGAUUGGCUGGAGCGGGGGGGCGGGGCGAGCCCCAGGACUGGAGCCUCUCCCUCUGCUCCUGCUCCGAUGAAAAGCCCAAAGACCAGUCACGACAACCUGCAGGUCUACGCGUUUGCAGAUCCUGAGGCUGCUUCUCCGGAACAUGAUCAUCUUUCAUGGUCACCAUCUUGAUCAUAGGUGGAGCCGGACGUAUGUGUAGCUAUUAUAAGGGUGGGCUAGAGAGAUGGGUUCAAUAUACAAUGGACGUGGAGAAGGUGGGGGGGGGAAACAAAAAAAAGACCCAGGAAUUUGGAUUUUGACACAGGGGAGUGUGUUUUGUGGGAUUGGUGAUUUACACUUUUGAGGAACAAUAGAGUUUGCAUACGAAACUGGAAUUCUUGGUUUUGAAUUCCGAUUCCUACGCUUUUGAUGAACACUUUCGUAAGCAUCUUUUCCAAGGUGCUCGAAGAGGAAGAUCAUGAUUGUCAUUGCAUUCGGUCUUUGCUGUCUGUGCUGCCCUGGCUAUAACAUUUCAACCAUUUAUUGUGACUGAAAAAUCACAAAGAGAAACACACGUACCAGACUCUGUGUGUGUGUGUGUGUUUCAGUUCACUAACUGAAAACAGCUUUAACUAGUUCCAUAGCUUUAAAACAAGCAUCACACUAUUCAAAGCGGGAGAAACUCUUCACGUGUUCCGUUCACAACCUAGACAGACACGAGGACACCUGUGUUAUGGAGAAACCGUGGAAAUGUGAGGCAUGUGGCAAAGGAUUUGAUUACCCAUCCCUGUUGGAAAACCAUCGACGGAAUCACACUGGAGAGAGGCCUUUUAUUUGCUCUGUGUGUGGAAAAGGAUUUACUCAGUCAUCUGGCCUUUGGUCACACCAGCGGAUUCACACUGAGGAGAAGCUGUUCAGCUGCGGUUCCUGUGGAAAGAGGUUCAGGCAUUCUUCCGCCCUCACUGUGCACCAACGUACUCACAAUGGAGAAAAACCAUUCACCUGUUCGGCAUGUGGGAAGAAAUUUACUCAUUUAUCCACCUUGCAGGCACACCAACGAGUGCACACUGGGGAGAAGCCAUUCACCUGCUCCAAAUGUGGGAAGGAUUUCACUCAGUUAUCCACUCUCCAGAUACACCAACGAGUUCACACUGAGGAGAAGCUGUUUGGCUGCACUUCCUGUGGAAAGAGGUUCAGGCAUUCUUCUGCUCUCACUGUGCACCAACGCACUCACAGUGGAGAGAGGCCGUUCACUUGCACUGAGUGUGGGAAGAAAUUCACUCAGUCCUUCCAUCUUCAGGCACACCAACGCAUCCAUACGGGCGAGAGACCAUUCUCCUGCUCAGUGUGUGGGAAGGGAUUUAUUGUUUUACCCACCCUGCUGAGACACCAGCGAAUUCACACUGAUGAGAGGCCAUUUAAAUGCCCUAAUUGUGAGAAGGGUUUUAAAAGUUCCCAGGAGCUUACGCUCCAUCAACGUAUUCACACCAAUGAGAGGCCGUUCAGGUGUUCUCACUGUGGGGCUGGAUUCAGGAGAUCGUCUGACCUCAUUCUCCACCAACGCAUUCACACUGGGGAGAGGCCAUUCACCUGCUCGGAGUGUGGGAAGGGAUUCACUAGGACAGCCAAUCUUCUGAAACAUCAGCGAUUUCACACGGAGGAGAGACCAUUCACCUGCUCGGAGUGUGGGAAAGGAUUUACUCAAUCAUCCACCUUGCUGACACACCAGCAAGUUCACAUGAUUGAACGACCUUUUGAAUGUCCAGAUUGUGGAAAGUGCUUUAAAAUCUCUGGGGAGCUGAUGCGACAUCAACGUGUUCACACUGAUGAGAGACCGUUCAGAUGUUCUCAGUGUGGAACUGGCUUCAAACAAUCAUCUCAACUCAGUAUGCACAGGAGGAUUCACACUGGGGAGAGGCCAUUCACCUGCUCUGAGUGUGGGAAGGGAUUCACUCGAUCGUCCCAUCUGAUGAUGCACCAGCAAGUUCACACUGGGGAGAGGCCAUUCACUUGCUCCAUGUGUGGGAAGAGAUUCACUCAUUCAUCCAACCUGCGGAGACACCAGCGAGUUCACACAGGGGAGAAACCCUUUACCUGCUCUGAGUGUGGGAAAGGAUUCACACGGUCCUCCAACCUUCUGACCCACCAGCGAGUUCACGAGUAACUGCAGUGAUUGCUGUUAAUCACAACCAUGUUCAUCAAGGGUAUUCAGAAGGUGGUAUUUAUAUCCAGAAGGUGAAAAAUGCAUCACAUCAAAAUCUGACAGCCAUUCAGUUAAUCAGAAUCUGAAUAUUAUUGGCCUCUGAAGAAAUAUCAUCUGUACAAAAAGAUUUAAACAUAAGUGUGACUGUAAAAGGUCUGAGACACACACACCCGAAGGAGAGUGUUCCAGUGAAUAGACUGUGGGAAGAGCAUUAACCAGCUGCUUGGCAUGAAAAAUAAUUACACCAUCCACAACAGGGAGAGAGCAUCAAUGUGUUCUGUCUGUCAAGAUCAAUCGUUGAACCUGGAGUGAAUUAAGGACACUGACACUAUGGAAAAACCAUGGAAAUGUGGGGACUGUGGGAAGGGAUUCAGUUACCCAUCAGGGUUGGAAACUCAUCAACGCAGUCACACUGGGGAGAGGCCGUUCAGCUGCUCUGUGUGUGGGAAAGGAUUCACUCAGUCAUCCAGCCUCUAUACACACCAGCACGUUCACACUGGGGAGAAGCCAUUCACCUGCUCUGUGUGUGGGCAGGGAUUUAAUGCUUUAUCAACCCUCCGGACCCACGAGCAGGUUCACUCUGAUGAGAGACCAUUUAAAUGUUCUGACUGUGAGAAGAGUUUUAAAAGCAGAAAGGAUAUAUUGAUACAUCAACGCAGUCACACUGGGGAGAGACCGUUCAUCUGUAAAGUGUGUGGGAAAGGGUUCACUCAGUCAUCCCACCUCUUGACACACCAACUGGUUCACACUGAUGAGAGACCUUUUAAAUGUUCUGACUGUGAGAAGAGCUUUAAAAGUAAAAAGGAUUUACUGAACCACCAACGCGCAUUAACUGGGGAGAGACCGUUCAUCUGCUCAGUGUGUGGGAAGGGAUUCACUAGUUCAUCCUACCUUCUGACACAUCAAUUUGUUCACACUGAUGAGAGACCUUUUGGAUGUCCUGACUGUGAGAAGAAAUUCAAAUGCAGAAAGCACUUGCUUAAACACCAGUACACUCACACUGGUGAGAGGCCGUUCUCCUGCUCUAUCUGUGGGAAAGGAUUCACUCGAUUAUCCCACUUACUGAGACACCAUCGAGUUCACACAGGGGAGAGGCCGUUCUCGUGUGCUGACUGCAAACAGGAGUUUGUUGACUCCUCCGACCUUGUGAUCCACCAGCGAGUUCACAGUGGGGAGAGACCAUACAGCUGCUCGCUGUGUGGCAAGAGAUUUAGUCAGUCAUCCCACCUCACGACGCACCAACUGGUUCACACUGAUGAGAGACCCUUUCAGUGCUCUGACUGUGAGAAGCGGUUCAAAAGUAAACAGAAUCUGAUGAAACAUCAACAAAUUCACAACGGGAAGGGAUCAUUCAUCUGCUCCGUGUGCGGAAAAGGAUUCGCUCAAUCACACAACCUCCUGAGACACCAGCAACUUCACCUGCAAGAGCAGCAAUUAUAUACCGCUGUUAUUGCUGAUGAUAACUGCAUCCAGAAAUGAACCUGGUUUGGCUGCUAAUUUCCAAUGGGGUUCCACAGUUUUGUGGUAUAUAUCAAGGAUUUAGACUUCAAUGUAGAGGCAUGAUGAAUAAAUUUGUAACUAUCACGGAUGUUGGCCAGGUGGUGGUGAAUGAGGAAGAAAGCUGCAGACUACAUGAUGUCAAUGGAUGACUCAAACAGGUAGAAACGUGGCCAAUGGGAUUCAUUCUGGAGCUAACGAAUCUAAAAGGGCAGGGGGCCAACAGGGCAAAAUAAAUGCUGAAUAAUUGCUGGACAAUGAGGAGUAGAGAGUGCUUCCUCUGAGUGACCUCCACAAAUAAGUGAAGGUGCCUGGACAGUUAGUUACGAAGGUCAGUAGGGCAUUUGAAUCAUUCCAGAAGAUAAGACACGGAGGUAAUAUUGGAACUUUAGAAAACACUAGUUAGAGCACAGUUGGAGUUGUAAGGGCAGUUCUUGUCCUUACAUUAACCAACAAGAAAUUAAGACUAGAUUAAUUAUCAUAAAACUGAAGUCAAUUUAUUUAUAUAAUUACAGUCAGUGUUGAAUGCAACAAGUAUAGCUGAUAAAGAUAAAACUAACCAACAAGCGAUUAUAACAGUGAGAAUAGCUGAACUUUCUCAGCAAAUUAAAAUCUGUGUUUCAAUAAUAAUAAUUAAGAAAAACAUUUUGGUUACCUUCCUAUAAAAUAAGGUGACUUCUGUGUAAUUGAUUGGUGAAUAGCUGAUGAAACCUUUCUUUAUUUUAAUCUGAAGUUUAUUUAGAAUUAGUUAAGUAUGCACACAGUAAAGAAUCCCAGUACCAUGGACUGCACAUUAAGUUCCAUGUGGGAAUGUCAGGAUAGUUAGUGAUAGGACAGGAUCAGGCCCUUCAGCCCAACUCAUUCAUGCUGAUCAGGUUUACUAAACUGAACUGCUCCCAUUUGCCUAUAACAUUCCCAUCCACGUACUUGUCCAGAUAUAUUUUAAAUGAUGUAAUUCUACCCACCUCUACCACUGCCUCUGGCAGCUCAUUCCAUACACUCACCACCGUCUGUGUGAGAGGUUGCCCCUCAGGACAAUGUUCCAUCUUUCUCCUCUCAACUCUUAGCCUCUAGUUCUGAACUCCUCUACACUGGGGACAAAGACCUUUGUUAUUCACCUGAUCUCUGUCCCGCAUGAUUUUAUAAAUUUUUGUAAUGUCAUCCCCUCAGCUUCCUACACUUCAACGAAAUAUGUCCAUGUGACCUAACCAAUUCUUAUAAUUCAAACCUUCCAACCUAGCUAACAUCCGAGCAAAUUGCUUUUGCACCCUUUGCAGGUUAAUAACAUCCUUUCCAUACCAGGGUGACCAGAAUUGUAUGCAGUAUUCCAAACGUGGCCUCAGCAAUGUCUUCUAUAGCUGUAACGUGGCAUGCCAACUCGUGUACUCGAUUCUCUGACCAGUGAAGCCAAGCAUGCCAAAUACCUUCUUCAUCACUCUCUGAGAUGCCAGGGACACAAUAUUUGUGAUUGAUGAUAACACUCAUUUGAUCACAGCUAAAGCAUUGCACUUAGUUCUGGUUCCCAUAUUCCAGGAUAGAUGUCAUCACACCAGAGACAGGCAGAGGGGAUUGAUGAGGAUUUUUCCAGGAUUGGAGAAUUUUAGCUCAGAGGAAAGAUUUGACAGGCUGGGGUUAUUUUCUGUGGAAAAUGAGACUGAGGUGAUAUUUGAUUGAACCUGCAACUUAAAGUCUCUGUCUGGCAACACUCCCAGGACCUUUCCAUUAGCUGUGUAUACCCUGCCCUGAUUUGCCUAACCAAAAUGCAGCACUUCACAUUUAUCUAUAUUAAACUUCAUACGCCAUAUAUAGAGUAGAAAGGAUUGAGCUAGUCAUUAACAAGGAGGUCAAUACCUGGAGGCUUUAGAUUUAAAGUAAUUCACAGGAAGAGGGGGAGGAGAGAAAUCAUUUCACCCAGAGAUGUUGGCAAGUUGGAACUCUGUACAUCUCUAUGACUCUAUAACUCACUGUGUGAUAGGGUGGUAGAGGCAGUAACCCUCAACAUACUUAAAAAAAAACAUGGAUAUGCCUGAAAUGUAAAAUAUACAGGGCUAUGGACUAUGACCUGCAGAAUGGGAUCAGCUGGAUAGUUGUCUUUCAGCCACACAAACAUGAUGGGCCAAGGGGCCUUGAUCUGUGCUGUACCUUUUGUAUGUUUAUAUUCUAACCUUUUGUUGUUUGUUUCUGAUGUUAAUAGUCCCUUAUAUUGGACUGGAAUAUUCUGGAGAAAUAUCAAAU